AGAGUAUCAACAACAAAUACACUGCAUACCCUCUAAAGUUUGUUCAAUUCUAUAUAAUAAAUAUUAUACUAUAUUGUUCGAUAUCCUUAGUUUACCUUUGCUUGAUUUGCUACUUCAAGCUGCUACAUUAAUGGCUGCACCUUGGUCGUGUUGUUUACUUGCACUGCUUGUUUUGGUGUCAAUUAUUGAAUCAGAAAGCAGAGUGGCUAGGAAGGAUUUGGGUUUGGACCUUGGUGGAUUGGGAAUUGGACUUGGUGCAGGAGUUGGUUUAGGAAUUGGAGGUGGCAGUGGCUCUGGAGCCGGAGCUGGUGCAGGCUCUGGUUCUGGUUCUAGCUCUUCCUCAAGUUCAUCGUCCUCUUCGUCUUCUAGUUCUGGGUCUGGUUCCGGGGCAGGGUCGGAAGCAGGCUCAUAUGCAGGCUCUCGGGCUGGUUCGGGAUCAGGUGGUAGAAGUCGCGGUGGUGGAGGCUCUGGGCAGGGCUCUGGUUAUGGUGAGGGUUAUGGUCAUGGUGGGGGUUAUGGUGAAGGUGGGGGUGAUUAAUUCAGGAAAUGCAUGAAUUGACUAAUAUAUAAAUAACUAAUAUGGUUGACACAAAUAAAAGAAAAUAUAAGUAGCAGCUGGUGUGAAUGAAAUAAUGAACACGUUAGAUGGUUGAUUCCAUGCAUCAUGUGUGUUUUAGUGAAGAAAAAUUAGUUGUGUUUCAAUUUCAACCUUUUGUUUUAGUCUUCUUGUUAUGAAAAUUUCCAAUAUCUACUUGUAAUUUGGCAUAGCUUUAACUUUUUGAGUUGUAGAUGAUGGCACUGUUGUAUUGUACCAUGGUUGAAUUCAGAUAUAUAUCAUAUCAUAUAUAUACAAGUAUUGAUUAAUUUCCACUCAAAA